ACCUAACCCCUCUCAGCCGCACCAAGGGUCUCUCCUCUCACUCUUGCUCGAGCUCAGGCGGCUGGCGGCCGGGACGGAGGACAGAGGGAAGUACUUCUCCUUCUUCCUUAUUUCUCAUACCGAAAUUCUUGAUUGAAGACUGGAGAACUAUAAACUGAUUGUUUCUUUUUCCGGCCAAUGUCUUUGCAAAUGUAGAGAAAAAAAAAAAAGCGAGGAAAAUGUGAAGCAAUUUGAAAUGAAGAGGAACCGAGACAUCCUUCCAGUUUCGGGGAACCAAGAUGGGAAGCAAAUCCACAAAGAUCCGCUGAAGGGGAGACAAGAGGAAGUGAAAAUCAGUUGGCUUUGGCUGUUGCUUCGACUUCAAUUCCAUCUGAGAAUGCACCACCUCGGCCUCGACCCCAACUGCAAAGUGAAACACAAGGAAAAUGGCAGUAAGAAAAUGGCCUGUGAUGCUGAGCUUCUUCCACAUGAUCCUGGCAAAAGGAUAUCUAUCGCGAUGCAUUCUAUGAAUUAUCAAGGAGCUCCACAGAAGGUCCAUGCUCAAAGGGCCAUGUCAACCCUAUCACCAUUAUUUUCUGGGGAAGCCCGCCGGUGUAUAUCCUACAAAAUUAAGGGGAACUUACAGACUGUACAUACCGGAGUUGGGUAAAGAAAGUAAAGAAAAAAAUUUACAGGAACAGAGAUUGUAACCAGUCAAGGAGAUGUUGAACAAAAGCUGCCUUGACCCUAAAGCGAUGGAUGUGCAAAUCAUUUUGGAAACUUCUUAUUUGCAGUCACUUCAAAUUUUGCCUGUGGUACACUUGUAAGUUGCAACAACUCUGAAGACAAGUUCUACAUUGAUGAAGCAUCUUCAAUAAAGAAUUGUUAGAUUCUAUCCAAGUUCUUCAGGGCUGGCAUUAUCAAGUUGUCACUAAUCACUAUUCUACUUGUUCAACAGCCUUGUUGUUCCUCACAGACACUCCUCUUUUAACCUGGUAUGCUUGUAGUUGUAACAGUUCCAAAGACAAGUUCUACAUCGAUGAGGCAUCUUCAAUGAAGAAUCGCUAGAUGAAAAGAAAUUUCUAUCCAAACUCUUCAGGGCUGGCACUAUCAAAGUUGUCACUAAUCAGUUGCUUGUACCCACAGUGUUUUUUUUAUGUUAAUGUCAUUGUUCUACUUGUCCAAGAGCCUCGUUAUUCUUCCCGGACACCCAUCUUUUGUUCUGUCUCUAGUAAAAAAAAGGAAGAUGACCGCGUAGUCAAAUAUAUUACACGUAAGUAAAAUUUCUCCAAACAUUUUGCCUGCACAGAUUAUUAAUUUAACAAUCAAAAACUUUUCUACAGCUGCAGAAAUAUCACUGCUGGCGGUAUCUGACGAGUCCCAUUGACUUUGUGUCCAAGUAGUUGUCAGUUCCUCCCCUCCUCUGCAUUGAAAAGCAAAGUAUGCGGAUGAUAUGAACUGGCAUCUUCCUCUUUCUUGACAAGGUUGCAGGAAGCUAUAGGAACCAUUUAGCCAUGACAAUACCUAACACCAACAGCAUGUUGAGUUUUUCCUGUAUGGUGUCUGCAGCUAUUGUCAUCCUAGGCAGAACCUGCAGUUGCUUGCACUUCACUUUCCCCAGUUUCAACCCAGGCAACAGGGAUGAUUUCAGCUUCAGCCCAGGCUCAGCAAUCUCAAACAAUUCCCUGCAAAUCACGCCGAACGCCGGAAACAUGAGCCACCGGUCGGGAAGAGUGGUCUACGCAAGGGAAACCCUCAAGCUGUGGAAUAGCAAGCGUACAGCGCUCACGUCGUUCAGGACAGAGUUCGUGCUCAACAUCCUCCCGCAGAACGGGACUGCCGGAGAAGGUAUGGCCUUCAUGCUCACAAACAAUCCAUCCUUGCCCAGCGACAGCAGCGGCCAGUGGCUGGGCAUAUGCAACAGCCAGAGAGAUGGCGCCAAGACAAACCGAGUAGUUGCCGUCGAAUUCGACACCAGGCAGAGCUAUGCGGAUGAAUUUGACGGCAACCAUUUUGGCUUCGACUUCAACAGCAUCAAAUCUUUUCGGCAAUACCCGCUCAGUAAUCAGUCCAUCAUCCUCGCAAGUGGAUCUGAUGUAUGGGUCAGUAUGGCAUACAAUGGUACAACAGGAUUGUUUGGAGUAGAUCUAGUCCAGCACAGCACAAUAGGAGGGCAGCUUAAAUCCAGCGGAAGUUUGAUUGUUAAUCUAUCACACUAUCUGGCAGACGACAUAUAUCUGGUGUUUGCAGGUUCCACGGGCGAUUUCACCCAACUGAAUCAGAUAAAGUCCUGGAACUUCACCACAGUAGAAAAUGAUGCCACAGUCGGAAUAAGAGUUGGAAUAAAGGUGUUCUUGGCUAUUGCUGCUUUGGUUAUAUUUUCUACCUGUUUGGUUGGUGUGUUCUUCAUGUGGAGAAGGUUGACACGUCAGAGAAGGCUCGCCAACCGCAACCUGGAGAAGAUGAUCGACGCACAUGGUCCGGUCAAAUUUAAGCUCAGGGAGCUGAGGCGUGCGACUGCCAACUUCAGUCCUACACGUAAGCUCGGCAGAGGCGGCUCUGGCACCGUUUACCUCGGCCACAUCAAUAGGAUGAACUUGGAGGUGGCCGUGAAGCGGGUGUCAAUGGGCAACGCCGAUUCCAACCGAGGAGAGCAGGAGUUCGUCGCGGAGGUGAACACGAUCAGCAAGCUGUCCCACCGCAACCUCGUCAAGUUGAUCGGCUGGUGCCACGAGGGAUCCGAGCUGCUCCUGGUGUACGAGUACUUUCCCAUGGGCAGCCUGGACAAGCUCUUGUAUGCCAGUGCCAGAGAGAGCAACUCGUCGUCGGAGAUUAGCGCUCUUGAGCUCACAUGGGAUCGGCGGUACAAGAUCAUCUGUGGGGUGGCAUCGGCGCUGGACUACCUGCACCACGGGAGCAGCAAGAGGGUCCUGCACAGGGACGUCAAGCCCAGCAAUGUGAUGCUCGACGAGGACUACAACGCGCGGGUGGGCGACUUCGGGCUUGCCCGCGUCAUCCAGUACGACGGGAUCACACACCACUCCACGCAGGCGGUGGCCGGCACUCGCGGCUACAUGGCCUACGAGUGCUUCUUCACCGGCCGUGCCAGCCUCGACACGGAUGUGUACGCGUUCGGUGUCUUCAUCAUGGAGGUGGUCAGCGGGAGGAGCCCCAGCAGCGCCGUGAAGUACGAGUACAUGCACGACAGCGACCACCGUGGCAUGGAGGAUUACUCGAGCGACGGGCACCCCUUGACGAUGCACAUCGUGGACUGGACUUGGAGUCUAUACGGCGAGGGGAAGGCCUUGCAUGCUGCCGACCGGUUGCUCGACGGCGAGUUCGAGCAGACGCAGGUGGACUGUGCGGUGAGGCUAGCGUUGGCGUGCUGCCACCCGAACCCGAGGGAGAGGCCGUCCAUAAGAACGGUGGUGCAGGUGUUGAUCGAUGGUGCCCCGGUGCCGGAGCCGCCGGUUAAUAAGCCUGCUUUUGUUUGGCCUCCGGGAGGCAAUCAGCGGGAAAUUGAGCUGCCGGACGUCGGGUUGCUGUUCACCGGAGGGGCUAGGCAGCAGAACAGUUUCUGCUCCAUGACCUCCACUUCCCUCACGGCGAGGUGACAGGUGAGCAUCGUGGAUAUAGUUUUCAAGAAGCUGUUCAGAGAAGAUACCUAGCACGAUGACCUCCACAUGAUCCCGGCAAAAGGAUACCAAGGCCCAUACCAACUCUGUCACCAUUUUCUUUUUGGUAAGGAAAAUAUCAAUCGAAAAAACGCUUCUUCAA